AUGCCACAAGGACUAAAAAACUCACCAUCAGAUUUUCAACGUAUUAUGUACGAUUUGUUAAUCAAUACAAGAUGGGAUUAUUGUCUUGUGUAUAUUGAUGAUGUUAUAAUAUUCUCACAAACACCUGAACAGCAUUUAAACCAUUUGGAAGAAAUAUUAUCGGUGUUACAACAGGCCAACCUACAACUUAAUCCCGAUAAAUGUCUUAAACCACUGCAAGACAACAUUGAAGCUAUCAUGAAACUGCCAAAACCAACAUCAUCCAAACAAAUCCAUUCAUUCAUUCAAGCAGCUAAUUAUUAUCGAGAUCAUAUCAAAGAUUUUUCUAAAAUAGCUGCACCAUUAUACCCAUGCACGAAGAAAAAUGCCAAAUUUCAGUGGACCACCACCGUCGAAAAGGCAUACAAUGAAAUCAAACAUCGUCUUACAACAUCACCUCUAUUGUUAAGCUUUCCUGAUGACACAUCACCAUUGAUAUUAUGUACAGAUGCUUCUGGUGAAGGUAUUGGUGGCAUUCUCAAACAAAAGACAUCAGAUGGUUUGAAAGUCAUCAAAUAUUUAUCAAAGAAAUUCAAUCCAGCACAGAAGAGAUAUUCAGCCACAGAAAAGGAAUGUCUUGGAAUGGUGUGGUGCAUUCAAAAAUUGAAAGAAUAUUUAUGGGGACGAUCUUUCAUUGUGGAAAUGGAUCACUGCCCGCUAUGUAGUUUCAAUAAAAAGAAGUAUAACAACGGUCGUAUUGAUAGGAGGGCUGUCGAGUUGUCGGAAUAUGAUAUUCAACAGAUAAAAUACAAAUGUGGGAAUUGCAACUGUGAUGCAGAUUUAUUACCUCGGUUUCCCAUCAGUGAACCAGAUGAUGACGAUGAACAACCAACACAGCAAUGA